AGUGCCGGCGCGAGGGUGCGUGAGGCGGCGCGGCGCGGCGGCCGCCGCGUGCGCGAGCCGGUCGCGGCGCAGCAGGGACUUUCCAGCCGGCGGCGGCGGCGGCCGCCGGCCCUUCCCCGCCCCCCGCCAUGGGGCUGCCCGGGGAGCAGGACGCUGCGGCCGGCGGCGGAGGACGCGCCCGGCGCCCCUGAGCGGCCGGCGGCGGCGCGCCGCGGGAUGAAUGACUGAUUCACAGCCCGAGCUGCGGAGGCCGGCGGCGGGCGGUUCUGGGAUCCGGCGCGGGCAGAAUGCGCACAUUCCACCUCCGAUUAACGCCAAAGGUGAAGGCCGACACUCCACUCCCUGGAGGAAGCUGAUGUUGACACUCCUUCUCUUCUUGCUUUGCUGAAGCCUCUUCCUCCUUGGUCAAGCUUUGCAGAUCUUCUUACAGCAUAUGACACACAGGAUUUCUCUGUCCUAAAAUGGAGUCGAGUAAAAAGAUGGACUCCAUGGGUGCCCUGCAGACCAACCCCCCACUGAAGCUGCAGCCCGACCGCAGCGGCAGCUCCGUGUUGGUCCCCGAGCAGGGAGGCUACAAGGAGAAGUUCACCAAGGCCGUGGAGGACAAGUACAAGUGUGAGAAGUGCCGCCUGGUGCUGUGCAACCCCAGGCAGACCGAGUGUGGGCACCGCUUCUGCGAGAGCUGCAUGGCCGCCCUGCUGAGCUCCUCGAGUCCAAAAUGUACAGCGUGUCAAGAAAGCAUCGUUAAAGACAAGGUAUUUAAAGAUAAUUGCUGCAAGAGAGAGAUCCUGGCCCUUCAGAUCUACUGUCGGAAUGAGAGCAGAGGCUGUGCAGAGCAGUUAACACUGGGACAGCUGCUGGUGCACCUAAAAAAUGACUGCCAGUUUGAGGAACUUCCCUGUGCACGCGCUGAUUGUAAAGAAAAAGUGUUGAGAAGAGACCUGCGCGAUCACGUGGAAAAGGCCUGCAAAUACCGCGAGGCCACAUGCAAUCACUGCAAAAGCCAAGUCCCGAUGGUCACACUGCAGAAACAUGAAGACACCGAGUGUCCCUGUGUGGUGGUAUCCUGUCCUCACAAGUGCAGCGUCCAGACUCUUCUGAGGAGCGAGUUGAGUGCACACUUGUCAGAGUGUGUCAAUGCCCCCAGCACCUGUAGCUUUAAGCGCUAUGGCUGCGUUUUUCAGGGGACGAACCAGCAGAUCAAGGCACAUGAGGCCAGCUCCGCAGUGCAGCACGUCAACUUGCUGAAGGAGUGGAGCAACUCGCUGGAGAAGAAGGUUUCCUUGCUGCAGAAUGAAAGCGUAGAAAAAAACAAGAGCAUACAAAGUUUGCACAAUCAGAUAUGUAGCUUUGAAAUUGAAAUUGAGAGACAAAAGGAAAUGCUUCGGAAUAAUGAAUCCAAAAUACUUCAUUUACAGCGAGUAAUAGACAGCCAGGCGGAGAAACUGAAGGAGCUGGACAAGGAGAUCCGUCCCUUCCGACAGAACUGGGAGGAGGCCGAUAGCAUGAAGAGCAGCGUGGAGUCCCUCCAGAACCGUGUGACCGAGCUGGAGAGUGUGGACAAGACUGCGGGGCAGGCAGCUCGGAACACAGGCUUGCUGGAGUCCCAGCUGAGCCGGCACGACCAGAUGCUGAGUGUGCACGACAUCCGCCUGGCCGACAUGGACCUGCGGUUCCAGGUCCUCGAGACUGCCAGCUACAACGGCGUGCUCAUUUGGAAGAUCCGAGACUAUAAGCGCCGGAAGCAGGAGGCCGUCAUGGGGAAGACCCUGUCUCUUUACAGCCAGCCCUUCUACACGGGCUACUUUGGCUAUAAGAUGUGUGCCAGGGUCUACCUCAACGGAGAUGGGAUGGGGAAGGGGACGCACUUGUCUCUCUUUUUUGUCAUUAUGCGCGGAGAAUACGAUGCUUUGCUGCCGUGGCCGUUCAAGCAGAAAGUGACGCUCAUGUUGAUGGAUCAAGGGUCCUCUCGGCGCCAUCUGGGAGAUGCGUUCAAGCCCGACCCCAACAGCAGCAGCUUCAAGAAGCCCACCGGAGAGAUGAAUAUUGCCUCUGGCUGCCCCGUCUUUGUGGCCCAAACUGUUCUAGAAAAUGGGACGUAUAUUAAAGAUGAUACGAUUUUUAUUAAAGUCAUAGUGGAUACUUCGGAUCUGCCUGACCCCUGAGGAGUAACUGGGGAGGUGGAUUUAGCAGAAGGUAACUCCUCUGGGGGCUUUGAACCAGUCUGUCUUCACCGAGGUCCUCGCACUCAGAAAAGGACCUGGUGGGGCUCAGGGAGCAGCAGGAGGCGGACGCACGGCUGGCGGGAGGAACCACACGUGAACACACUCCAGCGUUUUCUAACGAACUCGCCACUCCUCACUCUGAAGAGUUAUUUAUCCUUCAACGAGAUAAAUAUUGCUGUCAGAGAAGGUUUUCAUUUUCAUUUUUAAAGAUGUAGUUAAGUAAGGUGGAAAACAUAUGCUAACAAAAGAAACAUUUUUCUUCCGUAAACUUGAACACCAAAACGAGAAAACACGUGGGGAUAGCUGGACCUGUCAGCAUGAAAAGCAAAAGGAAAACUUAUGAAAUAAUAAUGCAGUUCUGGUAUAUUCACCCUAAAAGUCAGGAGUGCAAUCUUGUUUCAAAUAUAGUGCAUUGUCUGUUUUUAAGGCCUCAUCUGGUCUCUGUUCUGAUGAUUUGUUUGUCAGAAGACCCUGAAAUGCUAGGUCUUUUUUUUGAAAGUCUCUAAAUUCAAAAACCAUUUUUUAAUUUAAAGUUCUACAAAUAAUUGUUACUGCAAACAUUUUAUUUUAAAACGUUGAUAGACUGAUAUUUCUUGGAAGAAAAUGUAAACUAUCUAACACUGGUUAUCACUUGUGAUAGGAAAGAGAACAUUCAAUCUGUUGCUAUUUCUCGUUAGAAAUGUAAACCUUCAAUAUCUGUCGUAGUUAAUGACACUACUUCAAAAUUAUUAUGAAAGGAACAUUGCUCAUGGAUGCUGUGCAUCAUUUUCAGAUUUAUAAUUGUUUUCACCCUAAAAUAGGGCAUUAGUUGAACUUUGGAGUUCUAAACAAAAUCCUGUAGGCUUUUGAGAUUCUGCCCCGUGUUCAGACAAGCUCUCCAUUGCUGACAGCACCACCUUCGUCUCCAGCGUCGUGUCGGGGGUGGGCAGGUGGCUGUGCUGCAGAAGGCCCUCGCGGGUGUCCUUCACCUUGUCACACUGCUGCGCUGGGUGAGUGGCCUCCGAAAGCAACGCCUUUGCUCAGAGAUGGCGGCGUACGGUACACGUGCCUUAGAUGUGACGUGCUGCUCCUCCACCCUGGGUUGUGUCCGGCGUGAUCCUAGAACGCGAUGGCUUGACCAGACUCCUCUCCACCGCUAGGUCUUUGUGUCUACAAGGCCCUCAGACCCCCUGUGCUUGCCAGGGCUCUUCAGUGGCCUCUGGAACUUGCACCGCUUAGCUGUCCCCGGUUGCAGACUCCAGGCCCCACAGCCUGCCCUGCCGCCCUGAGCAGGCGGCGGGAGCAGGAGCCGCGCCCUCCGCCCCCUCCCCGGCCCAGAGCAGAGCCCUCUGAGCUUUCCAGAGACGCCGCUCUGGGGUCUGUCCAGGCCGACUGCCCCACGACACUCCAUGGAGGGGAAGGACGCCGGUGGUGGCCCCAGCCCGCCGCUGCGCGCAGCACUGAGCUCACUGUUUACGUCUCGGGCCGAGGGUGAGUGGAGCCGGAGGCCUGCCCGCGCCCUCUGCUAUGCACCACGCCUCCCGGUGCUCUUACACUGAUGGGUGCUACACGCGACGGGUGCUUCUCGGCAGAACCAGCGUGUGCGAGCCACCGCGUCCGUGCCACUCGCCCGGAAGACGCGCCCACGACUGGCCAGCUGGGCCGCACACUUCAGACUGCCUGCCACUGGGCUCCCCAGGGUCGUGCGGGGCGGCUGGCUUGGCCUGGCGGCCCGCCUUGUCUCCGGUGCUGCCGUCUGUCCUGGGUGUGCCUUUGCCCCAGUGCCUGCUGGAAGUGCCCUCCGCACGCCUGUCCCUGUGCUCCCGCAGCCCCCGCUUGGUUCCAGGCCCAGCCGUGCCCUCCACGGCGGAGCCACUGUGUCCUCCAUCUUCCACUCCAUCCUCCGCUCCUGGGACUGCUCUGGGUAGAUGAGUGUCCUUGUG